AUGUCAUCAUCAUCAAGUUCAUCUCGUAAUAAUCGUCAACAUAAUUUUAAUCGACAAGAUUUUGAUGAUAAAGAUCCAUCGAAUAAUCAAUUAAAUGAUUCGAAUGAAAAUAUAGUUCAUAUAAAAUUUCUUUUACCUGGAACAACAACAGGAAGUGUAAUUGGAAAAGGUGGAGAAAGAAUCGCUUCAUUACAAAAAGAAACAAGUACAAAAAUGAAAAUGUCGAAAGCAGGAGAUUAUUUUCCUGGGACACAAGAACGUGUUUGUCUUGUUGUUGGAAUUGUUUCAAAUGUUUUAUCUGUUUAUGAAUUUCUAUCUGAUAAAAUAAAAGAAAGUUUUCCAGGUGAUCUUAUUCGAUCACGACAAAUUAAACUAAUUAUUCCAAAUGCUACAGCUGGAGUUAUCAUUGGAAAAGGUGGUUCAACUAUUGAAACUAUAAAACAUGAUACAAAUGCUUUACUUACAAUUACACCAAAAUCUGAUAUGCAAGAAAGGGUUAUGACUAUCACGGGUGAAGAUGAAAUUCGACUAAAAGCUUUGGAAAUUGUCUUAGAAAAAAUUUUAGAAGAUCCUCAUCAUGAUAGUGUACCAAGCGUUAAUUAUUCAAAUGAUAAAGCUGCAUCGAUGAACUCCUUAUCAAUUAUGAAUGAUAUUCAACCAUUUCAUGAUCAUGGAAAAAUGAAUGGUUUGAUAUCAAUGAAUUCUUCAUCAAAUAUGUCAAUACAAUUAAGUGGUUUGCAAAGAUUAUCACAAUUAAUAAUUAAUUCUGGUGGAACAAAUCAUAUUACAGUCGAUUCACUUGUUCACUCAUUACAAUCACUUGGGUUUGUUGAUCCACAAAUAAGAGAAAUAGUUCCAUCCAUCACAACAUUAAUUAAUUAUGGUUUAAUAACCAUUGAUAAUUUAACUCGUCCAAAUAUUUAUUCUUCAACUGGAUCAAAUAAUCAUCUAUUAUUUUCAACAAAUCAUAAUAAUUAUUCAUUAUCACACCGUGAUCAUCAAGAUAGUUAUUCUCGAAACAGUACUGAUAUGGACUAUAAACGAUUUAAAUCUGAUCAACAACGAUCAACUAAAACAAAACGAUAA